AUGGCACAGCUGGCAGCAGAGGAGGCAAAAGAAGGAAAGAUGAGAGGAGCAGGUGACUUUGAGGCAGAAGAAAUUGAAGGAAAAGAGGAGAGACUAAUACAGGAAGAAGGAGUGAUAAUGAGGCAAGAGAAAGAGAGCCACAUUGGGAAAAGAAAUAAAUCACAUGCUAUGAAGCUAAGAAAGAUGAAGGCAGACAGGGAGCUGUUUAGCAGUAAAGCAAUUGGUGCAUCAUCACUUAAUGAAAACAGUUCAAAGGACUGGAGAAACAUAUCUGUAAUUCUCUCUUCUCAUGAAAAAAGUAGUGAACAUUUGGGAAAUUUCCAAAACUGGAAAGAACUUGAACUGCGAUUGAAAAAACAGAAAACCUUUGAUGAAGAAAAUUUAUGUGGGAUCAAGCAACAAGAAGAAUACUGGCAGCAAAUAUUGCAGCGACUGAUUGCUUUAGUGAGAGUUCUCAGUGGGCAAAACUUGGCAUUCUGUGAGGCAAAUGAAAAAUUAUACAGUGCUGGUAAUAGAAACUUCUUAAAAUGUAUUGAAUACCUGGCUUUGUUUGAUCCAGUCAUGAAGGAGCAUCUACGUAAAAUAAGUGACCAUGAAACACAUGUUCAUUACCCUGGGAAAAGGCUGCAGAAUGAACUGAUUCAAAUCCUAGCAAAUGCUGUUAAAGAGAAUAUCUUAGAAGCUGCCCAUUCUGCAAAAUACUUUUCAAUAAUUCUGGAUUUCACACAAGAUGCAAGUCAUGUUGAGCAGAUGACAAUGAUCAUUCUCUUUGUAGAUGUGGCAAAAUCUGCAAAUGUGGAUAAUGAUGAAGUGCUCAUAAACAAAAAUUGGGGGGGCGUUGUACCAUUGAAGGAGAAGACUGGUGCUUUUAUGAUGGAAAGCAUACUCCAAGAGCUUGAAGGAACAUCAUUUUCUGAGAACUUACGUGGCCAAGACUAUGACAAUGGGAGUAAUAUGAAGGAUAAGACAAUGGUGUACAAAGGAGAGUAAUGUAAAUUAAUCCUCAGGACUUUUUUGUUCCUUGCUGUACACAUA